GUCAAAGGUCUGGUCGCGAGCUCCGGGGGCCGGUGGCCGCCUCUGAUCCGUUCCGCUCCCUUCGCCCUCCUUCCAAACGGCCAUGGGCCUCCUCCUCCUGUUGCUGCUGCCCCUUCUCUCCGUCUUGGCGCAGGUUUCAUUCAGUUUCCCCCAGUCCUUUGACAGCGAUUUCACUUUCACUCUGCCGGCGGGGCGGAAGGAAUGUUUCUACCAAACCAUGAAGAAAGAUGCCACCCUGGAAAUUGAGUAUCAGGUGAUUGACGGGGCAGGAUUAGAUGUGGAUUUCUACAUCACAUCACCAAAUGGAAAUAUUCUGUAUUUUGAUCAGAGGAAAUCUGAUGGAGUACACAGCAUUGAAACUGAGAAUGGAGACUACAUGUUUUGCUUUGACAAUUCAUUUAGUUCUAUAUCAGAGAAGAUAGUCUUCUUUGAGCUUAUUCUGGACAAUAUGGAACCUGAGGGUGAUCCAAACAGCUGGAAGGAUUUACUACAAGGAGGGGAAUUGCUCGAUAUGAAACUGGAAGAUAUUCUAGAAUCUAUAAACAGCGUGAAAGGCAGACUUAGUAAAAGCAACCAGAUUCAGGGGCUGCUUCGAGCUUUUGAGGCACGGGAUCGAAACCUCCAAGAAGGAAAUUAUGAUCGGGUAAAUUUCUGGUCAGUGGUGAACCUGGCUGUGAUGCUCAUUGUGUCAUGUCUCCAAGUAUACAUGUUAAAAAAUUUAUUCAAUGACAAGAGAAGAAGUCGUACGUAGCACCUAGGAAUUUAUUGUUACACCACAGUACAAGACCAUACCUGGAAGGUCACAACAUUUAUUUUCAUUGGUGUAUGCAGGAAUUUCCUUUUCUUUUUAAAUACAGUAUAGUUCAACAGGGAACUAAGUAACAGUGUGGUCAAAAUAGAGAAGCAUAAUUGUAAUAAUUUGGGAGAAUGAAUGGACAUGUCUGAUCUUUCAAUACUGAGUGGUCCAAACUAGGAACUUUAAAAUAUUUGCCAAAUAAACUGGUAAUCUGUGGUGACAGACAAAUGAGAGGAGUAAAACUGGGAUCCUCAGCGUUGAUAAUUUGCUGUAUUCUGAAACUGCAUUGGUUGGAGGUACUUUAUGAAACUAAUUUUCCAAGUUUUGUUAUCACUUCUGAAAUUAGUACAUGCUGGGAAACAUACUUUGGAUGUCUGAAUUUCUCUAUUCGAGUGUAAUGGUGAUUUUUAAAGUGUGAAGUCCUGUUAUAUAAAUGCAACUGUGAAUUGUACCUGAGUGUUUCACAUUACACAGAGCAAUACCACUGUCAAAGUAAUAAGUAAUUGGUUAGGCUAAAGUAUAACACAUUCAGACCAAUAAGUCUGCCUUUCGUUUUUAAAAAUUGACUUGACUGAUACUAGAGAUGUUUACAGACGAUAAAUUAUGUGAAAUGUUAUAGUGAAUGUUACGCAUUACGAAAAGGACAAAAUGUUCUUAGCAGAAACUGAGACUCUAGUCUGUAACCAUUAUAAUUUUAAACAUGACCCAGUCUUCUAUCAGUCAAUGGAACAGUUAAAUAGAAACCUUAAAGCCAAAAUAAAAGGAGCCAAGCAGCUUAUGAACUUUAAUACUUUUAAAGACUCAGUAACACUGUAAAUAUUUUCUGAUCCAAAGUACUUCACUGAGUUCUCUGUAGUGAUUUUACCAUAUUAGAUGUAAGAGGAUAACUUAAGAGGAUAACCUCUUGCGAGACUGAGAGAAUAGUUGAUAUUACAGCCUUAACGUAUCUGAAACAUCUUAAAUUAACUGUGGCUUUGACUUCGGGAACAAUAUGGCUGAGACAGAAUCACUGUAAUUGCAUACAUCUAGUGUGUAUACUUAAAGUGGAAGCGUUAUUUGUAAAGCCUUCAUUGUUGUUUCUUUGAAAACAUUAUUCAGGAAAUAACCUAUUUGAAUUCUUCAAAACGCACUAGAAUUAAUGACUCCCUGUGGAAAACCAAGAUCCACCACCAAAUUUAGUGGAGGCAUUGAAGUUUGGCUUUUUCCCCGCACUAUUACUUUUGUGAAUCAUAUUUUCAUAAUGCAUCAUAAUCGUAGACACAAAAUGACUGUAGAUUUGUAAUGUUGUCAGUGUUAUAAGCAUGGGAAAUUCUCAUGCUGUGGAAUGCAGAUGAUGGAAGACCCAAUCUUUAAUUUUCAGACAUCAUGAAUUUGCAGGGUAUUUCUGAUGAUUACCCAUUUAAAUUGACGAGUAACUGUUGAAAACCUUAGAAAAGCUGUUGAGCUAUCAUCUCUCAUUGAAGUAUUCUCCUUUAGAGCUGCUACUGGAUGCCCUGAAAGCCAAUAGCAAUUGAGAGCCAGAAAGAAAUAUGGUUUGAAUCAGACCAUCUGGUGACUAUGUUUAGAAAAGUAAUUAAAGAAAGGAACAUAAUGUUUUUGCCGGUUCUAAGCAUGAGGAAAAAUAUUUUUUAUCAGUGUCUUUGAUAGCUGCCUCUCCUUGUGCUGAGAAAAGGGUUGGGUUAGACAAAGCUACAGUAAUAGUUCCAAAGACACAUAUAAUCUUGAUUUUAGUCUUAACUUUUAUAUCAUGCUACAACUUUAUCCUGACUGAACUCUGACUGUCCAUGUGUCUGCUUUAGACACAAAAGAUCAGUUAACCCCAUUAGCCAUCAGUGAAAGUUGGUCAGCUGGGCAGUAAAUGUCAAGGGGUCACCUUUUCAAAAAGUUACCCUUUUUAAAACUAGGUAGGGUUCUCUGGGUACAGGAUUGACUUGUCACUAAUUGUACUAAAACAAAAAGGGCUUUACAUAUAACCAAAUCUAUUAGACUGUUGGAUUUAUUCCAGAGACUCAAACUUUUAGGAAGUGCCUCCAUUUUUUUUACAACCCGUACCUAAUGUGAACAGCAAUCGGAGAAAGGGUUAAUACUCAACACAGCUCACAAUUUGAUAUAAUUAUAAUGGAAUCCUAUUAUAUAAUAGAUUAAGGAGAGGAAAACUUACAUAUAAUCAAGCUAACAAAAAUAGGAAUUGCUCGAUAAAAUCUGCAUAAUCACAUGCAGUAAAUUCGUUAAAAUGUGGAAGUGGUACAUCUGAUAAUGAUUUUCCUUAUCUGAAAUGUGAUUGCCAAGCACUGUGACUUGUAAUUUGUAAAUUUGCUGCUAAAUCCGUUAGUAUUGUAGAUUUUGAUCAGUUCACUCUUCGAAUUAUUAACUGAACACGUGAUUCUUGAAAUUUUCUUGCCUUUCAAGCACAUUUUACACCAGUAAAAUUUUGAAAACUAAAACUUAAGUGGAUGAAUAUUGUGCAGUUUUUGUCCCACAAUUAAUAUUUGUAGUUAUGUAAUUUCAUAGGCUCAGGUAUGAUUAUGGAUUAUUCUUCUGUCUUUCUACAUAAUGCAAAAUGUUUGUUCUUCCAAUGUAAACAUGCAUUCAGAUGAGUUUCAAAUACUCUAGUUGGCAGAAACAUUACAAGCUAGACUGAGCCAACAAAAUGGACUGCAUUGUACCAUUGUCUUGAACAAAUUUUAGAAAUAGUAAAUCUUCCGUAGAACAAAACGUACCAUUCAAAGUACUUGAUUCAAACAAUGGAAAUAAAGCAAUCUUAAUCAUGUUC